CAGGGGGUGCUGGUGGCAGGGGGUGGUUGGACCAGGUGAUCCUGGAGGGCUUUUCCAACCCUAAUGAUUCUAGGAUUCCUGCUGGCCCAGCUGUGCGCCUCUUCGUCUUCCUCCUCAUCCCCUUUUUUCCCUCCCCGUCCCACUACCAAGGUGGGCAGGGGGCUCCCCCCCUUCCCGUGGGGGUCCCAGUGCCAGGCACCAAAUGGCGGCCGUGAGCCCACAUCUGACGGGAGCUGCCCCCAGGGAGCUGCGGCCCCGCUGAGGAAAGCCCCAGGGCUCAGGCUCUUCUGCCACACGGUAAAAACGCCCCUGGGUGAACCUCCCUGCCUUGAAACUUGGGUACGGAGACCACAAACAACACACGGGUGCCACACGUUGGAUUCUGUUCAGCAGUGUGAGACGAGGCAGGGGCGUCUCUGUGCUGGUGUUCAGUGAAAGCCUGUCCGCGGCUUUGUGGGGGCGGCUGUCCUCUGCUGGCGUCCUUUGAGGACUGUGAUCAGCCCUGGAGAGCUCUGCCGAUUCCCUGACUUUCCUCCAGGGUGGGACACGUUUCUUAACGGUGCUUCCGUGCUGACUAAUUCCUAGCAUAGGGAACCGCUCCUGUAGGUUCAGUCACACAUGAACACGUGAAUAUGUGAAUAAAAUGAGCUCUGAAGUCAUCUUCAGUGCAGGCAAGGGCCCAGUGAGGAGGAGCUGAGAAGUGAGCUCAGUGGGAGGAGCACGCCCAUUGAAGCAGAACGCUGAUCGUUGCGAUGUAACUUUGGUAGAGUAACGCUGCUGCUCUUCUGCUUUAAUAAAGGAAAUCGGAGGACGAUGAUCCAGCACGUGUAAAACCUUCUGUAUGUAACACCGGCUAGCCGCAGCUUGUGCAAAGAACUAGGACUACGAUGCUGCUGUUUUUUUACCCUAACAAGAUAGGGGCUUGACAUGGGGGUCUGAGAAGAAGCAUUCCCAAAUAGACGUAUCCCUGUGCUUAAUUUGGUGUUUGGUGUAAAGAAAGCCGGAGAACUUUUGGCAAAUACAGUUUAGUGGCAUCCUGUGCUUGCUAUUGAAAAAUUUCCCAGAAGAAUGAGAUGUGGGAGCUGUUUCCUGAUAGCCCCACAAACAUUUAGGGCAGAAAUUAAGUGUAUUUUGGCAAUCUCUGGAAAAACUGUUACUAAAUGGGCCAAGGAUGGAGUUAAUACUGCAUCCAAAUGAAGUGCCUGUCCGUCCUGGGACUCGGAGUAUCCGUGUGAUCUCCAGGGUUGGUGUUGCUGCAUCUGAAUUGUGAACCACAGAUCUGAUUCUUGCUCUACUACAGCUGAGUAUUUAUGGCCCCUGUAGUAAACCUGCUUCUGAUCUGUUUUGUUACAUACUGUUUUUUUGUCUUUCUUCAUAGUUACGCAAUGGUCGGUGUUGACACCGAAGAAAUCGGUGGUGAAUAAAAUAAUUGUGGUUUUUAUAAGGUUACAGGAGUAAGGUAGCAUUGCUAAAAUAAUGCAAGGCACUGAAGUACAAAGGAUAUUGGAAAGUUAAGGAGCAGGGAACGUGAGCGGUGUGGUUACAUCGUUACAGCAGUUACCGCAGUGUCUAUUACAGCUAGAGGAAAUUGGGGCUACGUUUCAUAUGGUUCUUUGAAAACUGAAGGGGCCUGUUGCUUUUUUUUGUUGUUGCUUUAGACUUGGAAGACGGAAGCCAUACUCUGCUUUUUCACUCGAGCAGCAGGUACACGCUCAGCCAUAGGUUAAAUCAAGUACAUCAUUAAAAGUAGCAGUAAGAAUCCUUCCUUUGUUGAUCCACUGAGAAGAAAUGUCAGGGAGAAGGAGGUUGUGGAACCCAGUGUUUUAUUUCAGCUCUGUGUUCUCUGUAUGGCUAGGCAAGAGUCCAAGAAAUGAGAGGUCUGCUGUCUGUUUUCAAAAUACAAGAAAGGAGGGGGAGAAGGAAGAGAUAAAAGGAGGCAGUGCAGUGGAGUUGGGGAAGGAGAGCCUGUGUCACUUCGCUUUGUUGAAGUCUCAAAAUCUCGUUCAGUUUUGCACCUGACCAUUGCAUUUUGUGAUUUUAAGAGCGAACGCCCUUCUCCUCCACCACUUUGUUAAUAAAUGAAAGUACGGUGCCACGAAGGAGAUAAGUCCUUGGUGAAGCAGCAGCUCUGACUGUGCGACUGCGACCAAGGCGUCACCUCACUGGUAGCAGCUACGCGGACUGAGGUGUGCCUUGUUCAGCGUUGGAACUGAAGCGCUAUGGAGCAGUACACAGCCAACAGUAACAGUUCCACAGAGCAGAUCGUCGUGCAAGCUGGACAGAUUCAGCAGCAGCAGCAGGGUGGUGUCACUGCUGUCCAGCUGCAGACUGAGGCUCAGGUGGCAUCCGCCUCAGGCCAGCAAGUCCAGACCCUCCAGGUAGUCCAGGGUCAACCGUUAAUGGUGCAAGUAAGCGGAGGCCAGCUGAUCACAUCAACUGGCCAGCCGAUCAUGGUGCAGGCGGUGCCUGGGGGUCAGGGCCAGACCAUAAUGCAAGUCCCGGUUUCCGGAACGCAGGGACUGCAGCAGAUUCAGUUGGUCCAGCCAGGUCAGAUUCAGAUUCAAGGUGGGCAGGCUGUGCAGGUACAGGGGCAGCAGGGCCAGACCCAGCAGAUCAUUAUACAGCAGCCACAGACUGCAGUUACUGCUGGCCAGACACAGACGCAGCAACAAAUAGCAGUUCAAGGCCAACAGGUAGCACAAACGGCUGAAGGCCAGACCAUAGUCUAUCAGCCAGUUAAUGCUGAUGGAACCAUUCUCCAACAAGUUACAGUCCCUGUUACAGGCAUGAUCACCAUUCCAGCGGCCAGUUUGGCUGGAGCACAAAUUGUCCAAGCGGGAGCCAACACCAAUACCACCAGUAGCGGACAAGGGACUGUUACAGUGACGCUGCCAGUUGCUGGAAAUGUCGUCAACUCAGGGGGAAUGGUUAUGAUGGUACCUGGAGCUGGAUCAGUACCAGCUAUCCAGCGAAUACCUUUGCCUGGAGCAGAGAUGCUUGAAGAAGAGCCCCUGUACGUAAAUGCCAAACAGUAUCACCGGAUCCUUAAGAGGAGGCAGGCACGUGCGAAGCUUGAAGCAGAGGGAAAAAUUCCCAAAGAAAGAAGGAAAUACUUGCAUGAAUCUCGGCAUCGUCACGCCAUGGCCAGGAAGCGAGGAGAAGGUGGACGGUUCUUCUCACCAAAGGAAAAAGACAGCCCUCAUAUGCAGGAUCCAUCUCAGGCCAACGAAGAAGCAAUGACACAGAUGAUCAGAGUCUCCUAAUCACUGCUUAAAGAAAAACGUAACUGAAUUCCUGUCCCUUCUGCAAGUCUGUCCUACCUUACCAGUGUAUCAAGCAAGUCUUUCAAUGGGACAAUCGCCAUAUCACAGCCUAUCCUUUUCUACAGAGCAAACACCACGUUUUCAGUGUGUGGUCAAGAUUUUAACUGCAGUUGACUCAACAAAUAGAAACUUAAUGACUUUCUUGGUAUACUCUUCUGAUUCAGCGCAGGGAUUUCCAAGUCUGACUGCUCAUGCCUUUUCUUCUUUAUAACAUCUCUUGCAUUAAGAUUGGCCAUGGUGAGAGUGUGCCACUGACUGACCAGCAAUAACUGGCAUGCUGAAGCAGGGCCAGCAAAGACCUCUUGGAGUUACGGCCCUUCUGUACAGAGACAGAAUCCAAUUUAUAGCAACCAGCACUGAUGUGACUACACCACAGUACUUUGCUUUCCCAGUAGAGACUUGUUAUUUACAUCCACUUCUUACACCUUUGGACCUAACUGUCAACUGAACUGUUCACUGCUGUUGCAUUUGCACUUGUGAGACUGACAGAAACUGAAGGGGGUUCUCUUAAGCUCUACUCUGUAAAAUAUGUAAACAGCAAGCUCUGCUCUGGGAAAAGUUCAGCCAUCAAGUCAAAAUAAUAGAAAUAGUUCGAGGUUAUUACAGGACUUGAUUUAUUGUGUAUCUGGCCCAAGAAGCAAGGGGAGAGGUUUGUUGAUGUGAGGAUAAGGAUUUAAUUAGUAAAAGCAAUUUACUGGUGUUUUUUGGUAUGUUUAUUGCUAGCAGUUGGUGCUUUGGAAGAAGAGUGGAUGGUAGUAUAAAAGGAUUAAAACUUCCAAGUGAAUAUCUUCCAAAGGACUAUUUUUUUUAAUCUUUCUUCUAACCUGCCAGUCCAGUGCAUGGUUUCUCCAAAAGAAAUAAAAUCUGCAGUCUCAGAGUGAUAGCACUUGACCAUCUUUUUGACAGUGUUUCUUGAUGUCUGUUCUAAAUCAGUUCUAAAAAUUCUCUCCUAUGCAGAGUGAGGGUUUGUUUCAUGACAGCAGAAUCUCAGGACAACUCAGCUCAUCCUGAUGUAACUGAAGGACUGUUAAACAAAUGAAGGCAGAUAUUGAUGAACCUUUCAGGCUUUUUACAGACUAUCCUCUUAAAUAAAAAUUUUAGAAGUGGCACUUAAGGAAGGAGGAGUACUUGUGUUUUUAAAAAAGGGAUUUUCUAAACAUAUUAUCUCCCUGUUACAUUUUUCCCAUUUACUGAAAGCUUAUGGCUAGAAGCAAAACGGUGGAGAAAUCAGCAAGUGCUAAAAGGCUGGGAGGAUACAAAAAGACACAGCUUUGACCAUUCUAUUAAGAUAAAAGAGAAAUACACUAAAUCUACAAGGAUGAAAAGAUGGGAAGAAAAAUAAGAGGAAGGAACAGAAAUGUGGAGAAAUGUUAGAUGCUACACUGCCAGCAGGCAAUCUGGGAGGCAGAGCAUGCCUGCUUAGAUACUAAGGAAGACAGUGUUUUGAUCAGCCACCUGUAAAGUACGUAGUGAAAGUACAGAGAAGAAAAGCAGAUUUGGUAUUUACAGUUAGCUGGAUUUUUUUUAAAUGAAGUUCAUUCUCUUCUGAACUUGUAGCUCGGUGUUCUUAUCCUUACUACAUCUGACGCAGUGAACUGAAACUGAGAAAUUCUUCUGUGCAGGGACAUCUGCAGCUACAGGAGGAGGUGGAAGCCUAGUUCCAAAUCUUUUGUUUUGAAUUUUGUCUUAAAUUAUAUUAGUAAUCCAACACUCUUCUCACGAAUUUUACAUGAGGGCUUUUUCUAACUGUUCAGAAAGCAUUGAUGGCAUCUUUGGUGCCUUUGGUUGCUUCCGCCUUAAAAUACUUGGCCAGUUGGUGCUUGUUUUCUUCAGUUGGCAACUACAAAAUCUGCACCUGGCAUUUCUUGUGAGGUCACCCAUUUCAGGUCUUUCAGUGAAGGAAUGACAACUUCUGCUUUAGUUGAAUUUGCAGCAUUAUUGUAAAUACUUUUUUAGAGCAUCUGUACAUUCUGUCAGUAGAAUAUUCAUGUGCUGAAGUAAGACAGCCUCUCCGUAACAUUUCUGCUCUUCAACUGAGAGCUGAUCUCUGUCCUGGAGAGCCCCCUCAGACAGCUGGGAGUUAGAGAAGCAGAGAUUAUUGCUCUGACAUAUUAAUUCUUUCUCUCCCUCCCUUUCUUUUUUUCUUUUUUCUCUUUUGUGAGUAAUUAUGUCUUUUCUUAAAGAAGUUCUAAACUUCUUCAGAACAGCUAGAGCUUUUUUUCCCAGUAAGCCCUUCGUAUAUAGGUUCUCUGAUCUGUUGUUGUAGAAAGUGUAUUAAGGCCUACGGAUUUGUGUUAUUUAGGAAGUCUUACUGUUAAUGCUUUAAAUAGCGAUCUGAAAGCCUGAAUGCUACUGUCAGGUUUUUCAUUUGCUUUAGGUUAUGUGUGUUCACUUCUAAAAGUAGUGUUUGCUUGGCGAGAUUGGAGGUAUCAGUCAAUGUGAUUGACCCAUGCUACCAGAAGAGUCUGCUUUCUUUUCCUGGGUAAACUUGUUAAAUUGGAGACAUCACCAAGUUCAAACCUCUCUAGUAAUUAAAUGAGAAUUCUCUGUGGAUUGGCUACACUUGAGCAAAAUCUCCACUUUGGGAGUGCAUAAAGGAUGAGGAUAAAAGAACAGGCUUGGGGAGAACGUGAAAUGUGGUUGAUUGACCAAGGAACACUGGAGCGGUGAACCUAUCAAAAACGAAAAAAACCACUUGUACACGAGUUCAAAGAAUGAGCUGUAGAAAAUGGUCCUCAAGUAAUGCUAAGCUAAACGGCUUCAAGGCUUUGCAUGUUAAAAAGAGGGGAGGGUGGAAAAAAAAUGUUCAUGUGAAUGGGUGGGGGGGUACUGAGAUUUGCGUAACGUAAGGCAAAGUUUGUAUAUAGUUAAAAGUUUAUAAUUUUUUUUUAUAUAAUGCAUUUUUUCAAGUGUAUUUUGGUCUUUAAUAGAUGCAAUUGUAAGUACUGUGUACACUAUCCAGCUAAUAAAAAUUUAUAAA